CUUUUCGCUUCAGUGGCAUUUCUGUAAUUAUAAGCUCCUCAAAUGCUCUUCAAUGGAGUAAAUGCGAGCACUUCUCCCCUUUUCCAAACCCUAACCCUAGAUUCUCUCUGUUUCUCAGUUCCUUUUGCUUUGAUUCCAGCUUUUGCCUUGAUGGCUUGAGGUCCUUGAUGCCAUCUUGGAUUCCUUGCUUCGAUUCCGCGUGUCUGGAAACUCUAGAUUCGUUAGUGUUUUCAAAAGGCCGUGCUGAUUGAUAUUCCUUGAUUUGAAUGUAAGCUGCUUAGACAUGAAGCUGAAACUGAAGGAACUUGUAUGCGUGCUCUUUGCAUUGCCAAUUCUUGUUUUGGGGCAUGGGGAUAUCUACCUUGUGACCAUUGAAGGAGAUCCUGUAGUGAGUUACAGUGGCGGUGUUGAGGGUUUUGCUGCAACAGCUGCUGAUCUAGCAGAGGAAUUGGACAUCACGAGUGAGUCUGUCACAUCAUAUUCCCUUCACCUAGAGAAACGACAUGAUGAACUACUUGACUCGCUUUUUGAAGUUGGAACCUACAAGAAGCUGUAUAGUUAUCGGCAUCUUAUCAAUGGGUUUGCAGUUCACAUGUCUGCUGAACAGGCAGAAGCCCUUAGCAGAGCUCCGGGGGUUAAAUAUGUGGAGAAAGAUAUGAAAGUCAAGAAAUUGACUACUCAUACUCCAAAAUUUUUGGGCUUACCCACAGAAGUUUGGCCAACAGGAGGUGGAUUUGACAGGGCAGGAGAGGACAUUGUGAUUGGGUUUGUGGAUUCAGGAAUUUAUCCAAAGCACCCGAGCUUUUCCACACACCACACUGAACCAUAUGGACCUCUUCCUCGUUACAGAGGGAAGUGCGAGUUAGAUGUGAACACCAAUAGGGACUUCUGUAAUGGAAAAAUUAUUGGAGCCCAGCAUUUUGCAAAAGCUGCAAUUGCUGCUGGUGCAUUCAAUCCUGCUGUUGAGUUUGCAUCUCCAUUGGAUGGCGAUGGGCAUGGAACUCAUACAGCAGCGAUUGCUGCUGGGAACAAUGGAAUCCCGGUAAAAUUGCAUGGGCAUGAAUUUGGUAAAGCAAGUGGUAUGGCUCCUCGUGCCAGGAUUGCUGUAUAUAAGGUUCUUUACAGACUCUUUGGGGGAUUUGUGUCAGAUGUGGUGGCAGCUAUUGAACAGGCAGUCCGGGAUGGUGUUGAUAUUCUCAAUCUUUCAGUAGGACCAAACAGUCCAUCAACAAACACGAAAACUACUUUUUUGAACCCUUUUGAUGCUGCUCUUCUUUCAGCUGUAAAAGCAGGAGUCUUUGUUGCUCAGGCAGCUGGAAAUGGAGGUCCAUUUCCAAAAACCUUGGUGUCCUUCAGCCCAUGGAUUGCAUCUGUUGCUGCUGCAGUUGAUGACCGUAGAUACAGGAACCAUAUAACUUUAGGAAAUGGGAAGAUCCUUCCAGGACUUGGAUUGUCACCUUCAACACCUUCAAAUAGGUCAUUCAACUUGGUUGCUGCUAGUGAUGUGCUUCUGGAUUCUUCUGUUAUGAAAUACAGCCCUCUUGAUUGUCAGAGACCAGAAUUAUUAAACAAGAAGAUGGUAGAGGGAAAGAUUCUUCUGUGUGGUUACUCCUUCAAUUUUGUUUCCGGUACUGCUUCUAUCAAGAGAGCCUCUGAGACAGCCAGAAGUCUUGGAGCUGCUGGUUUCGUUGUUGCUGUGGAGAAUACCUAUCCAGGAACCAAAUUUGACCCUGCGCCACUAAAUACUCCUGGUAUUCUCAUCACUGAUGCCAGUAAGUCAAAGGAGCUUAUAGACUACUAUAGUAGUGCAACAAAAAGGGAUUGGGCUGGGCGGGCAACGAGUUUCAAAGCAGUAGCUAGCAUAGCCGAUGGUUUGGCUCCAAUUCUUCACAAAUCAGCCCCCCAGGUAGCUUUGUUCUCUUCACGAGGGCCAGAUGUCAAGGAUUUUAGUUUUCAAGAUGCUGAUGUUCUUAAGCCAGAUAUUCUAGCUCCCGGUUCUCUUAUAUGGGCUGCAUGGACUCCAAACGGAACUGAUGAAGCAAAUUAUCUUGGAGAAGGAUUUGCCAUGGUUUCGGGGACCAGUAUGGCUGCACCACACAUUGCUGGGAUCGCAGCGCUAAUAAAGCAGAAGCACCCACGAUGGAGUCCGUCUGCCAUCAAAUCUGCCUUAAUGACAACUAGUACAACAUUAGAUAAAGCAGGCCGACCUCUUCAAGCACAGCAAUAUUCUGGUUCGGAAACAUUAACUCUAGUGCCUGCAACACCAUUUGACUAUGGAAGUGGCGCUGUUGAUCCAAAGGCUGCUCUAGAUCCCGGUCUCAUAUUUGAUGCCUCUUAUGAAGAUUAUAUCAGAUUCUUGUGCUCAGUUCCAGAUGUCGAUCCAAAUGAAAUUCAUAACAUCACAAGUUCAUCUUGCAACACGACACACGGCCGUCCCUCCGAUCUCAACAUCCCUUCCAUCACUGUCUCACACCUCAAAGGAACUCAAACAACAAAAAGAAUAGUCACAAAUGUAGCCGAUACGGAGACUUAUAUUAUCACAACAAGAAUGUCACCAGAAAUUGCAUUAGAAGCCAGCCCUCCGGCAAUGACAGUGACCUCUGGCGCAUCCCGUGAGAUAUCGGUUAGUCUCACAGUCAGGUCAGUGACCGGUAGUUACAGUUUUGGCGAGAUUCUGAUGAAAGGGAACAGAGGACAUAAAGUGAGGAUCCCUGUGGUGGCCAUGGGUUACAACAACUAGGUAACAACACAGUAAGACUAUUGUUUAUAUUAGCAGCAUGCAUGAUAGAUAAAAAUUAAUAAGAUAACAUGCAGUUUAUUAUAAGCAUUUUGGCAUUUUGCAGAUAUGAAAAGUAUUUAAGUCAUGAUUUUGAUGUUAUCAGUACCAAAUUUCUAUAUAUUAAUCUUUCUCUGUUUUACUUGGUAAUUGUUUAAUUGU